AUGCUCCCGCUUGCGCAGUAUCUAUCGACGUGUAGUCUACUAGAUGAAAGAUACGUCGGAAUUGAGCCGAGCCGGAUUGCGGCAGCGGCCUACUACCUUGCUCUGCGGAUUAGCUACAAGCACAUCAAGCUCUCUGGGUACAGGGCGGUAGACCUGAGACCACUAAUGGCUGCGUUGUGGAACACCAGCCGACAGGAACAAAGCACCACACCUAUCAAAGCCAUGCGGAUUGCCCAGUUUCGAGAAGCAGCCAAGGUCGUAGACCUUACCUCGAACGGCGUUCUUCCCUUUUUUCCACGAUGCUUCAAACCGUGGGAUUAUGAGGGCCUGUACGUUCCCUCCUGGGACGAGUCAGCAGAUAGCUCGCCAGAGAACAUCUCAAGCUCGUCAGAGUCCAGCUCACAAGAUGAAUGGGAAGAGGAGAUAUAA